UUUCCCCAAUCCAAAGCUAAGCACAAAUCUCCCGCAUAAAACCCUCUCAAUCUCCUCCAAGCUCCCCAUCCAUGGCGACCCACCACCUCCCUCUCUAUCGCCCCUCCAUUUUCCGCUCCUACCUCCAUCGCCGCACCUUGAACCCCCGCUUCCCUUCCCUCCGCCCCUCGCGUUCGUCUUCCGAUGACUCCUACCUCUCUAUGUGGAAGAAUGCCGUCGAACGGGACCGCAUGUCACAGGACUUCCAAAGGCUUUCUUUUGAACCGGAAGCCGGCGAUGACGAUGGUGAUGGUGAGAGCGAGGAGACGUUGGUGAAGAAGACGGAGAUGUUUAAUAAGAUUCUUGAAGUGCCGAAGGAGGAGAGGGAUAGGGUGCAGCGGCUUCAAGUCAUUGACCGUGCGGCGGCGGCGAUCGCCGCUGCGCGUGCGAUUAUUAAGGAAGAUCCUCUCCCGAAGCCUGCCGCGGCUUCUGGAUCGGAUUCCCGGUGGGUUUGACGUCACCGCCGGCGGAGAAACUAUCUUCCGACGCCCCCCGCCAUCUGGUUUACAGGGUGGCAAUGUAUUUCCUGCUCAAUCAGAUGCCAGAACUCCUGGUCCAGAUUUUUGGUCAUGGUCACCUCCACCUGACACCAAGAGUACACCACAGGAAGACCUCACUUUAGAACCAGCUAGAAGCUCAAGUUCAUCUCCAAAUUCAUCUGGCUCAUUGCUGGAGAAAGAACCUGCUUUAGAGUUUUUAGCUAUUCCAUUUGAGAGUUCAGAACAGGAACAUAGUCCUCCUCUACCACCUUUUCAAUCACUCAUGGGCAUUGAGAAACCAGAUAGCAAAAUUUCUAAUUCGGAUCUUUCUUCUGCAAGUAAUGAACAUAAGCUUGAGGUGCUAUUCUCAAGGAAUGCAACAGAGGCUGCUGAAGCACUUGGUAAGGCUAAUGAGGCAUCAUUGCAUGGGGUAAACCCAGAUGGUUCAAAAUGGUGGAGAGAAACAGGUAAAGAACAAAGACCAGAUGGGGUGGUUUGCAGGUGGACAUUGACAAGGGGAGUUAGUGCCGAUGGAUCUGUUGAAUGGGAAGAUAAGUUUUGGGAGGCUUCUGAUCAAUUUGAUUAUAAAGAGCUUGGUUCUGAGAAAUGUGGUCGUGAUGCUGCCGGUAAUGUUUGGCGUGAAUAUUGGAGGGAAUCAAUGUGGCAGGUAACGUCACUAUUAUCUAUUAUCAUUGUUUUUCUAAUUGCUGCUCACUAUUGCCAUAUCAUCAGGCCAAUGGGCAUGCCUUUACAGAUGCAACAAUUAUCGUUUUUAUUUAUAACCAUUUCCCAUUUUUAUAGUAUUUUUCCGUUGUUCUGUUAUUGAUUGUUGAAAUCCCUU